GAACAUCCUUUCAAAGGAAUAUUUACUAGUCUUCCCAAGCCUGGAGGUGGUGAGUUUGGGAAAUUCUACAGUCUUCCUGCUCUAAAUGAUCCAAGGAUUGACAAGCUGCCUUUUUCUAUAAGGAUACUAUUAGAAUCUGCUAUACGGAAUUGUGACAGUUUCCAUGUAACCAAGGAUGAUGUUGAAAAGAUCCUGGACUGGGAAAAUACUGCACCAAAGCAAGUUGAAAUUCCAUUUAAGCCUGCCCGUGUGUUGCUUCAGGAUUUUACUGGAGUUCCAUCUAUGGUUGAUCUUGCCUCUAUGCGUGAUGCUAUGAAGGAGCUUGGUAGUGAUCCUGAUAAGAUCAAUCCUUUGGUUCCAGUUGACCUUGUAAUUGACCACUCGGUGCAAGUUGAUGUCGCAAGGUCGGAAAAUGCUUUGCAGGCUAAUAUGGAUAUUGAAUUCAAAAGAAACAAAGAGAGGUUUGCUUUUCUCAGAUGGGGUUCCACCGCCUUCCGCAACAUGCUUGUUGUUCCUCCUGGUUCCGGUAUUGUUCACCAGGUUAAUUUGGAGUACCUUGGACGAGUAGUUUUCAACUCGGAUGGUGUACUUUAUCCUGAUAGUCUAGUCGGGACAGACUCUCACACCACAAUGAUUGAUGGAUUAGGAGUUGCUGGAUGGGGAGUUGGUGGCAUUGAAGCAGAGGCGACAAUGCUUGGCCAGUCAAUGAGCAUGGUUUUGCCUGGUGUUGUCGGCUUUAGAAUGACUGGAAAAUUGCGUGAUGGGGUGACGGCUACUGAUUUGGUCUUAACUGUAACUCAAAUGUUAAGAAAGCACGGUGUUGUCGGAAAGUUUGUGGAGUUCUACGGUCCAGGACUAGCUUCACUAUCAUUGGCUGAUAGGGCAACAAUUGCAAAUAUGUCUCCCGAGUACGGAGCUACCAUGGGUUUCUUCCCGGUAGAUCAUAUGACAUUACAGUACCUUAGAUUAACUGGACGGAAUGAGGAAACAAUAACAAUGAUUGAGGAGUACUUGAGGGCAAACAAAAUGUUUGUUGACUACAACGAGCCUCAAGAGGAGAGAGUUUACUCGUCUUAUUUGGAAUUGGAACUUGCUGAUGUUGAACCCUGUGUCUCAGGACCAAAAAGGCCAAAUGACCGUGUCCCUCUCAAAGAUAUGAAAGCUGAUUGGCAUGCAUGCCUUGAUAACAAACAAGGAUUCAAGGGAUUUGCUGUGCCCAAGGAGGAGCAAGAUAAAGUUGCAAAAUUCACAUUUCAUGGACUGCCUGCUGAACUUAAGCAUGGUAGUGUAGUUAUAGCUGCUAUAACGAGCUGCACAAAUACAUCUAAUCCAAAUGUCAUGCUUGGAGCUGGUCUGGUCGCAAAAAAAGCCUGCGAAUUAGGUUUGGAGGUUAAACCAUGGAUAAAAACAAGUCUGGCUCCAGGUUCAGGGGCUGUUACAAAAUACCUCCAUAAGAGUGGCCUAGAAAAGUACCUGAACGAGCAGGGCUUCAAUCUUGUUGGCUAUGGUUGCACAACAUGUAUUGGUAAUUCUGGAGAUCUUGAUGAAUCAGUUGCUUCUGCCAUCACCGACAAUGACAUUGUUGCUGCAGCUGUACUUUCUGGAAAUCGGAACUUCGAAGGCCGUGUUCACCCUCUAACAAGAGCUAAUUAUCUUGCUUCACCACCGCUAGUUGUCGCAUAUGCACUUGCAGGAACGGUGGACAUUGAUUUCGAGAAGGAGCCUGUUGGAAUUGGAAAAGAUGGAAGAAGUGUUUACUUAAAAGACAUAUGGCCUAGCAAUAAAGAAAUAGCGGAGGUUGUUCAAUCAAGUGUGCUCCCUGAGAUGUUUAAGAGCACUUAUGAAGCUAUUACUCAGGGAAAUCCUUUCUGGAAUCAACUCUCGGUUCCAUCGUCCAGUAUCUAUGCAUGGGACCCAAACUCCACCUAUGUCCAUCAACCCCCAUAUUUCAACGGCAUGAGUAUGGACCCUCCGGGUCCUCAUGGGGUGAAGGAUGCCUUCUGCUUAUUGAACUUUGGUGAUAGUAUCACCACUGACCAUAUCUCGCCAGCAGGUAGCAUUCACAAGGAUAGUCCUGCUGCAAAGUAUCUUAUGGAGCAUGGAGUUCAACGGAGGGACUUCAAUUCAUAUGGAAGCCGACGUGGAAAUGAUGAGGUGAUGACUAGAGGUACUUUUGCUAACAUUCGCAUCAUCAACAAGCUCUUGAAUGGGGAAGUUGGUCCAAAGACCAUUCACAUACCGACAGGGGAGAAACUGUAUGUGUAUGAUGCAGCAAUGAGAUACAAAUCCGAGGAGCACGACACCAUUGUUCUUGCUGGAGCAGAAUAUGGGAGUGGGAGUUCCCGUGAUUGGGCUGCUAAGGGACCAAUGCUACUAGGAGUAAAAGCAGUAAUAGCUAAAAGCUUUGAGAGGAUACAUCGCAGCAACCUGGUUGGAAUGGGACUUAUUCCACUUUCCUUUAAGCCUGGUGAGGACGCAGAAACACUUGGUUUGACUGGUCACGAGCGUUACACUAUUGACCUCCCACAGAAGAUUUCUGAUAUAAGGCCUGGACAAGAUGUUACUGUGACUAAUGAUAGUGGAAAAUCUUUCAUCUGUACUCUUAGAUUUGACACAGAGGUUGAGCUGACGUAUUUUGAGCAUGGUGGCAUCCUUCCUUACGUCAUUCGGAACUUGAGUAAACAGUGAACCUAACGCUUGCAAGGC